AUGUCUAAGAUUCCCGGUACCACCGAGCGCCCCAGCCCAUCCGGCGACUCUUCUACCACCGAGCGCCCCAGCCCAUCCGGUGACUCUUCUACCACCGAGCGCCCCAGCCCAUCCGGCGACUCUUCCACCAGCGGCAGCAGCACCGACAACCCUCCCAGAUUCGAUCUUGCCGAUAUGGCAAACAUAUUCGAGUUCGCCGUGUCCCGCCUGCUGGCUAUAACGGUCAUCCAUGGAGAACAAACCUCCUCCAUCAUCGGCAACGCGGCUAAUUUUCAGCAAGUACCUUAUGUGGGAGGCCGAUGCAUGUGCAUUGCCCCGCCCUUGUCCAACAGGCUCCGAUACUGCGUCGGGAUCCUUGGCAUGAGCUCGACGGAGCUCCUGACCUACCGGCAGCUCUAUGACCAAUUCAUGAAGUUACCGGUGGAGCCAACCGGCGCCUGGGCCAGAGGUCGGGUUGUCAAGAGCUAUCCCUUGGACUGGUGGAACACUCCUUUUGAUACGGCCGACUACGAGACCUUCACCUCCAGUUAUCCUGGCUGGAGGCAAGUCGGGGACAUGGUGGGAGCCCACUUUGAGCAAUUGCCAGAAAGCCAGUGGUUAAUAACCCCGGCGGUGUUGGUGCAAGCAAGAUCAACACCGGUAGCCCAGCAAUUGGCCACCAUUCAAGCCGGGGUCAGACAAGGAAAUGAGCAGAUUGUCAAGAUGUUGGAGGAUAAGGUAGUGGAGGCAAAGCUUGUAGCAGCCUCCUUAAUGAGAAUGGAGACCGCAUUGGGUGAAGAUGUGCGCGGCGCCAUCGCCGCCACCGAACUCCUGGUCAAAUAUUUGAAAGGGGAACAGAAUUAA